GGCUAGCUAAACUCAUGCGUAGAAACACGUUAUCGGGUCUAACGGUCGUCUCGCGACAAAUCACAGGCAAAAGUUGUUUGACGAAAAUAAAAACGUUUCAGUUUGUCACGACAUUGGAGUAAUAAUAUGUUCAACUACUUAAGAUAUUGGCUCGAAUCUAGGGAGUGCUUUUAGAUUUCGAGAAAAUUAAGAACUAAUGAAGAAUUGUUCACUUCUUUCCUUGACUUGAUUUUGGCGAGAGUCAAACCUCUCGCCUUUUCCUCUCUGGUGAAACUUAAAUCUCGGGCGGGAACAAGUUCACGUUUUAGUUUGCCGGUGGAUUUUGUACCGAGUUGGCGAGCUAGGCAAACAAAUAUAUUUGGAGCUAACAGCAUUCUUUACAUUUCUAUAUUGAAAAGAUACCUGGAGCCAGAAGAACAGUUGCGCACGACAGCUAACAGUAACUACCUUUGGUCGAGGAGGAUGAUGAUAUCCAAGGGACAGAAGCGCAAACUCCACGACGAUGUCGUGGGGGGCAUGCGUAUCGCCAAUUGGGAGAGCCAGCGGCAGUCGGUGCUGGGCAUCUCCCUCGACAAGUACCACCGCGGGAAGGCACUGGUGGAGCCUAGUUUGCGCCGCUCUGUGUUGAUAGCCAACACCCUGCGGCAGAUACACAUAGAAAACAAGCCUCCAUCUGGGUUAGUUAACCUGGCAGGACCUGUGCCACCCAUGGUCCCAUCUAACCCCUGCAUCCACUGGGAGUCAGGUCUGGGUGUGGUAAACAGUGUCGAGGACAUGGAGGAGGUCUGGAUGUCCUCAGAGAGUGACUUCUCCCUGUCAGCUGCUGUCUCCUCCAUCCUGAAAGAACUAGACUUGGCUGUUGAUGGAGGGCCAGGGCCUCAGGCACCUCAGAGGACACCUUUCAUGUCCAUUGAGAACCUACCUGGAGACCUGGGGUUCAAACAGGCCCCCACAUGGCACUGGAGUACUGAGUGGCGCCCUGAGGGUUCUAGAACCUCAGAGGGUGUGGCUUUUGGUAGUGUGGAGGAGGUCAUGCAUUCCAGCUACCUGCAGGAUGUGAAACUGGAUGAACUUUUCCAUGACAUUGACACGUCUGUGUUUGACAGGGAGAUGGGGGUCCGAGCACUCUCUGCUGCAGCCAGUGACGAGCUGCUUAAGUACUUACCCUCUCUGUCCUCCGUUCCGUCCACUUCGCCCUCUCCCUUCUCCCUCAACCAGAGCUUCAGGGACCUGAAUGAGCUGGAGCACAUCAUGGAAAUACUGGUAGAGUCUUGAUCACCAGAACUUUGAGGAAAAUAUUACAUUAUUAAGAGAACAAGACGUUGAAAUGUAGUGUUUGCUCUGUCCAGUUGAUCACAUGGUUUAAUGACCCGAAAUGGCUGUUUCUAUACAAAAGAAGAAAAGGCUGAAUGAGAGACUAGCCUACUUUUUCUAUUAGUGGUGUUUUUAAAUGUUAAAUGUAAUAUCCCUUAUGACUAGCUAUAUCAAGAGAUUAUAUUGUAAGAUGUUCCUAAUAGCAAAGCAGUUCAGAUUGAUGUCCAAUACAUUAAUUAGUGGGUAGGAUUGACUCAGUUGGAAUUUUGGAAUACCAUUACAUGCCUCUGGCAUCUAUUGAAGGGAAGAUAGAUGACAGUUUUUAAAUAUGAAAAAAAAAAACUAACCUGGGGGGAAAUGUCUUCUGUGAAGAAAUCCCUUUCAUUGGUCUUACUCUAGUAAGUCACGGGUUAAUUUUGAACACAUUCUCACAUCCUUCAAUAUCACAAAAGUACAUCUGAACUACAAGAUGUAGCAUUGUAUUUGUCAGUAUGUUCUUUAGUAGUAGUCUACUUUGCCUAACCAGUAUGCAUAAUUAGGCUACAUAUUGAGCUGUGCCACUAGCUUACAGCUAGCUUCAGCCAUUAGGAAAUACAAAUAUUACUUUAACCUGAGUUACUGGCUGUGAAAUGUCAUGGUGCUUACCAGUAGUUCAAUAUCCAGUUAUAACAGCUGGAGGUAAUAUAGAGGAAUUCCUCGAUUUGGUUCUGUUGUGUGUGUGCAAUGAUGUCUAAGGGGGAAAAUAGUGUUUGCUUGCAGUAACUUGGUUGUUGUAAUAUCCCAAACAGAUGUGUUAGUUUCAUCAUUAAGGAUUUCGUUAUGAAAGAAAAUGUCUAACCGGUGUCAGAAAUGGUUCAAAGGAGUUAUUUAUAGAAACAUCAUAGUUAAAUGUUCAGCUAAAUAUGUAAUCUUUAUGUUCCACAAUUGGAUUGUUUUAUAUUCUUGUUUAUAUAAUGUAUUUUGACUUAAUGCCCUGAAAAAGCAAAUUAUGCUGACAUUUUACAAUAAAAGACAUAGCAUAAAUUGACGUAGCAUAAAUUCUGAAAAUCAGAACAAUGCAAGUGCAGCUGGAUCAUGUGCUGUUGAAUUGUUAAAGUGCAUGUGAAAAGUUUAAUAAGUUUAUAGCAACUGAUAAUGUAUUAACUAACUGCCAAUAAUGUAAUAGCUGCUAAUGUAAUAACUUUUGUAUUUAUAAUGUAAUAAAUGGCCAAUAAAUAUACUGAACGCAUAACGUGA